AUGGGUAGCUCCCUGUUCAUGGCAGAAAUAAGGAGCAAAAACACAUCCCCUAACACAUUUCCUUCUCAGAAAUUUGCAACCCCCGAGUGCAUAUGCGUAACAGUAACAAUUUUUGAGCACAUACCUAAAAAUAUGAAGGGAAUCGUUUCCAUGGUUAUUAACUUACUUGGUUUCGCUUUCCACAAAGCACUGCAGGCACGGAAGGAGUUGGUAAAGGUCCUUCAAUCAGUGUUGAACGAAAAGAGGGUGAUUAUGACUAAAAGUAAUCAACCCAAGGCAAAGAAAGAUAUGAUAGAUUUGCUUAUGAAAGUUGAAGAUGAGGAUGGUCAAAAAUUGGAGGAUGAGCAUGUCGUAGAUUUGCUUCUCACUUUCUUGGUAGCGGGUUUUAAUGGCUCCGCAAUUACUACAUUGUGGGCAAUGUUGCACCUAACAGAGCACCCUGAAAUUCUAGAAAAAGCCAAGGAAGAGCAAGAUGAGAUUAUAAAGAGAAGACCAUCUACCCAAAAAGGAUUGAACCUUAAGGAAAUUAAACAAAUGAACUAUCUUGCUAAGAUCAACAAAGAUGAUCUUUCCCCAAUAGAUCUCAGCUAUAUAGCUCACACCACAAACCUUGCAAUCUUGGGUUGA